GACUCCAACGCGCAGCGACGACGCCCGACGCGCUGCCGGCUGCUGGUGUGUGGCGUCUGCGGCGGUGCGGUGCGUGCCUUUGCCUUUGCCCGUUGGAGUGGCUGCGUGCGAGUCGCUGCGAGCCGCCUGCGGAGGUCGCCGUGUUUGUGUUGGAGUUGAGGAUUACGACGUGACAGCUCAGAGCCGCUGACGCCGCGUAGACACGACAGCGGCCAUGGUCACGAACGCGUCGUCGGCGCAGUGCCACGACGGGCUGCUGCUGCCCUUCCUCGACGAGACGGGAUGGCGCUGGGAGGUGCGCGGCGUGCUCUACCUGCUGGCCCUGCUGUACCUGUUCCUGGGCGUGGCCAUCGUCACCGACAUCUUCAUGGCCGCCAUCGAGAGCAUCACUAGCAAGACGCGCAAGGUGUUCAUGGCCAAGGAGCGCGCCAAGAAGAACGGCAGCUACAGCUCGGUGGGCGGCGUGGUGGCGGGGCUGCGGGAGGACGAGCCCGAGGUGAUCGAGGUGCGCGUGUGGAACGACACGGUGGCCAACCUCACCCUGAUGGCGCUGGGCACGUCGGCGCCCGAGAUCCUGCUCGCCACCGUGGAGAUCAUCGGCAACGGCUUCAAGGCGGGCGAGCUGGGCCCCGGCACCAUCGUGGGCUCGGCCGCCUUCAACCUGCUCGUCAUCACGGCCAUCUGCAUGCUGGGCGUGGGCGCCGAGACGCGGCGCGUGGCGCGCAUCAAGGUGUUCGUGGUGACGUCGCUCUUCGGCUUCCUGGCCUACGUGUGGCUGCUGGUGGUGCUCAAGCUGGUGUCGCCCAACGAGGUGGAGCUGUGGGAGGCCGUGGUCACGUUCCUGCUGUUCCCCGUGCUCACGGUGGUGGCGUACAGCGCGGACCGCGGCUGGUGCGGCUUCGGCCGGCAGCGCGGCAACAAGCGCCAGCUGGAGCUGGGCCCCAUACAGCCCGCCGACGGCAAGGACGGCGAGACGGAGAAGAUGGUGCGGGAGCGCAACCUGCUGAGCGACGGCAAGCUGGACAAGGACAGCCUCGUCGCCUUCGUCCGCGAGGUCAAGAAGUUCCCCGGGCUCACCAACGAGGACGCCGCCCUGCUGGCCGCCGCCAAGGUGAACGACGCCCACCCGCACUCCAAGAUGUGGUACCGCAUCGGCGCGGUGCGCGGCAUCUCCGGGUCCCGCCGGCUGCAGCCCCAGCUCUCGGGGCGCCUCCGCGAGGUGUACUCGGCCCUCAACGAGCACCCCAAGGCGCCCAACAUCGGGGAGGUGCACGUGCCGGACUCCGCGACCAACGCCAUCGUCGAGUUCCACGCCGCCACCGUGGCCGUCCGCGAGAGCAUCGGCAAGUUCCACGUGAACGUCUGGCGUCACGGCAACCUGGAGGGUACCGUCAAGGUCAAAGUUGAAUCUAUUGACGGAUCGGCGGAAGUGGGCAAGGACUAUGUAGCUGUGAAUGAAACUCUCAUUUUCGAACCCAAUGAGUUGGACAAACAGGUGACGAUUGAAAUUCUAGAUGAUAACCAAUGGGAACCAACUGAAGAAUUCUUCCUCAAGCUGAGUAUUUUGGACAGCGAAAACAGCAAAGUUGAGCUUGGGAAAAUUUCCAUAAUGGAAGUUACAAUUCUUGAUGAUGAUGAACCGGGCAUUUUGUCGUUUGAAAAGCGAGGUAUGCUGGUGAAAGAGAGCUCUGGAUUUGUCAGGGUGUCAGUCGUCAGACGUCGAGGUGCAUCGGGCGAAGUUGCCAUUAAGUGGAGAACCAUCGACCGUUCAGCGAUCAGUGGUAGAGACUUCAAAGGUGGAUCUGGAGAGUUGGUUUUCAAACACUAUGAAGUGCAACAAGAUAUUGAAGUUCCUAUAAUAGAUGAUAUGGAACCUGAAAAAGAUGAACAUUUUGAGAUUGAAUUGUUUGAGCCUUCUGGUGGAGCCAAGCUUGGCAACAUUAAUCGGAUUGCUAUCACAAUUACAAAUGAUGAUGCUUUUAAUACAGUGGUAGACCACUUAAUGGUUUUAACAAAGACAAACAUUGAUGCUAUCAGAGUGUACCGCAGUACCUGGUCACAGCAAAUUAAAGAUGCUUUGACUGUUAACGGAGGAGAUGUGGAAAAUGCUAGCAAUGCGGACUAUUUACUUCACUUCUUGUCAUUUGGCUGGAAGGCCAUUUUUUCCCUGAUCCCUCCUCCAACAAUGUGUGGUGGGUGGUUGUGUUUCUUCGUGUCCCUCUUUGGCAUUGGUGUAAUGACAGCAGUAAUUGGAGAUGUAGCGGCUAUCUUUGGGUGUCUUGUGGGACUUCCCAACACUGUGACAGCAAUCACCCUUGUUGCAGUAGGCACUUCUCUCCCAGAUACAUUUGCAAGCUUGACAGCAGCACGUCAGGAACGAUAUGCAGACAGUGCUAUUGGAAACAUUAAUGGAAGCAAUUCCGUCAACGUGUUUUUAGGUCUGGGGCUGCCAUGGCUGCUUGCAACAAUUUAUCAUCAAGCCCAGGGCACCAAGUUUACAGUGCAAGCAGGUGCAUUGGGCUUUAGUGUUUUGGUUUUUGCCAUUGUAGCAGUUCUGGCCAUUGGGACAUUGGUACUCCGCAGAUAUGUCAAGUUCUUUGGACAAGCAGAACUUGGUGGCCCAGCAUUUCCUCGAAUUGGUUCAGCAAUUCUUCUUUUGCUGCUGUGGGUUUUGUACAUCACCAUGUCAAUUCUACAAGUAUUUGAUGUGAUAGGCGAGUUUUAAUUUUCCAAAAGGAACAGAUUUGUUUUUAUUUUUCUGAACUUUUUUUUUAAAUGUAAAAAUUUACUCUUUAAGCACAUAUUGAGCUAUACAUGCUAUGUAAUUUUUCUUUUACCUGUUUGUUAUUAAUUUAAAAUUAUGAUCUCUUUAAGAUUAAUUUUAUUAUUAUUUAUUAUAAGGGCUAGUGACGCAGAAGCAGACAUAAAUAUCAACCUAGGGACUGUUUCUUUAUACUGUCAAACUUCUUUUGAUGGUGAGAAGCAACAAAAUGGUAUUAUUUUUGCACUUAGGUUCUGUUCCUGGCUUACUGUGCCAUGAACUGGCUGAGCAAUUAGUAUGACAAAGUAUUCAUGCGAAUGUUGUUACAAAUAUUGAUUUAUUUAUAGGUACAUAUAUAUUUGAGACCAUGACAUUAAAUAUUAAGGCUGCAUGCAAUGUCCAAACAGUAUUAUAUGACAUUCUACUAAAACUCUUUUUAAAUCAA